AUGUAGUGUGUUAUAAGAACAAUUUCUGGAAAGUUGCAUAAGUGCAAUCUAAAUAGGAUAUUAAAUAAUGAAACAAUGGAGCAAAGUUGCGAAUGUAAUAAAUUUGGAGAUAUAUUUCUUACAACCUCUACUAAUAUUAGUAAAGUUAUUGUAAACAAUACUUAAUAAUAAGAAUUGGAAACUGAUAAUUUUUUCUUAUUAGAAUAAUUUUUGGUCUUAGUAAUUUGUACUGGUUCAUUGACACUUUUACAAUUUACAAUCUAUAUAUUUUAUUUAAUAAAAGAUUGUAGAAUUGAACAAAAAAUGAUAACUCAAUAAAGUAACUUGAGUCCAUCAAUCCAUAAAAAUAAAACGUCCCUUAUUUAUAAGGGAAAUUCUUUAAUAUUCAAAGAAAAAUUUAAAGUAAUCCAUUAAACAGUUUCAUUAUUUUAUUACAGUGACUAAGAUAUUAAACUUAGUUAUAGAAUUUUAGAAUUACUCUCUUAAUUCAAUUUGUUAUUAUCUUUAUCAAUUCUUGAAUGUUAUAAUUCAAUUAAUUAAAUUCUAUUUAUUUGCCUUUUUAUAAUUGCAAACCCUAUCGUAAUAUUGAUAUUAAGAAUAUUUUAUAAGAUAAUUGAAGCUAUUUAUAGAUUCAGAAGAAUAGCCGCUUAUAUUAGUAAUUUUAUUCUAAUAAUUUUAUUAAUGAUGCCAAAUCUUGUCUUACUUAUUUUUUAUAUAUUAAAGUAAUUUAUUAUACUAUUGUAGAAUAUAAAUUUAAUAAGAAUAAUAUUAAGUUGCCAUAAUAGUUUUAGGGAACAGUUUUAUAUCACAAAUUCUUAUAGAGCCACUUACAAUUUUUGCUAGAAUCAUUAUUUAUAGAUUGAUAGCAUCCAGUAUAAAAAAUAUGGAACUGAAUUCUGUCUAUCAUUUAAUGCAUUUUUUUGUAAUGCAUAAUAGUUUAGAAGAAAUAUUUGAAGAAUUCACAAGAAUUUGA